UUAGCCCAGCAAAGCAGAUGGUUUGUUGUUGUUCUGCAUGCAGGUUGAGGAGAUGGGAAACUGUAGGUGAGGAAUUCAGCAAAGAGACACAGGGAGAGACAGAAGUUUUGACUGGGAGUAAAGCCAAAACCUAUGGAUCUUCAACAGAUUGCAGAUUAGAAGCGUGAAGUGUAUCGGCCUCAUUCUUCUUGGUUUCACUGGAGGAAGAAGACUUCUAGGCCUUUGACUCUCUAUCAGAACUUCCUGGGAUAACGGUUGUCCCACACGGCUAUCUGAAGAAGAGAAAAGACAGGGAAAGAGAGAAAUAAAGUGCAAAAACCACCCUGCCUCGGAAGGGGAAGAAGGACGGUGGUCCUAAGAGGGAGGAGGAGAUGCGCGAGGAGGUGUCCUGCACCAACUCCCCCGAGGGGGGGCUGGGGGCCAGCGAGGAGGAGCUGGAGAGGGGCUCCAAGAAGAGCGGGCAAACAGGGGGCCGAAAGCGGGUGCCGUACCACAAGAAAGACAAUCUGGGUCGGGCCGAGGAGAGGGCCAUUGUCAGCGGGAGCCCCAACAGCCUGGUUCCGUCGGGGCCCAAGCGGCAGAAGAAGCAACAGAACUCCCCCAUGGCGGUGGUAUGUGUGGCCCCUUCCUCGCUGGGCUCCAGCGGCCUCGGCUUAGGUUCGGGCGGCGAGCCCUUCGAGGACCUGCACACGCAGCGAGUGAUCGCCAACGUGCGCGAGCGCCAGCGUACGCAGUCGCUGAACGACGCCUUCGCCUCGCUGCGUAAGAUCAUUCCCACGCUGCCAUCGGACAAGCUGAGCAAGAUUCAGAUCCUGAAGCUAGCGUCGCGCUACAUCGACUUCCUCUACCAGGUACUGCAGAGUGAUGAGAUGGACGCCAAGCUGGCCAGCUGCAACUACUUGGCCCACGAACGGCUCAGCUAUGCCUUUUCCGUCUGGAGGAUGGAGGGCGCCUGGGCCAUGUCAGCCAGCCACUAGUGUCCCCUAUCUGUCCUGCUCUACCCGUCCUGUUCUGUCCUAACCCCACUAUCUCUGUCCUCCACCUAAGCCACUAUCUCUGCCCCCUCUUGUAACCCCUAACCCACUAUCAAUGUAACCCCUAAAGCCACCAUCUCUGUCCUCCUUUAAGCCAUUAUUUCUGCCCCUCCUUCUAACCACAACCCAGAGUCACUGUUCACUCCCCAACCUUUUUACCCAUUCUGUCCCAAUGUGUCACUCACCUAUCCACUGCCCCAUCACUCCCACCAUACCCGUUCACCAUUCGACCUUGCCCCUCCCCUUCCGGCUCAAAUGCCCCCUGACAAUGUAGCCCCUAACUCCACAAGCGUCUACGGUGCACCCCUGCAGGAAGGACGCCAAAUGGAUGGACUCAUCUCCCUCUCUUUAAAAGGUCUGUUCCUGUCGAACCAGUAGUUCCCCCCGCUAUACCCUUAUCUCCCGUUCUUUGGAAGCCCUGCCCCACAGACAUGGGCAUUGGACCGGACACAUGCUUCGGUUUAAGGACAGAUAUCCAGUCGACUCUCCUUGUGCAGCCUGACAGACAGUAUGAUAAUGCCAACAUACAGUAUGUGACAAACUUCGGAACUGAAGUGAGGAGGAUACUUAAGGGUCACAUGAUGAACUUUCUGGACGUUAAAAACGUCCAACGCAUCGGCCCUGUCCCUGUCCCUUUAUGCCACUUCAAAAGACUCUUUAAAAGAGGAAGAUUCUUUGACCACUGAGAUGACUUAUGAUCGUGAUAAUUGCAGUGAUGAUCGUCAUAAGGAUGCCAGAGUAAUCGAUAGCUGGUGGUCCCAGCCCAACGAAUGUUUACAGCAAAGAUGCUUAUAAGCUUUAGGCUUUUCAACCUCAGAUGUAUAGGUAGGAAAAGCCAAAGAAGCCUGACGCACAUUUUCAGCAGUUGUAUAAACUAAAUCGGCUUGAUUUCUGUUGCCUUGUACAUGUUUUUCUCUGUGUUGCAUUAUUUCCCUUCACAGCGAAUGGAUUUAGCAUGUGCAUAUGCAUAUUACAUUAUAAUGACUUUAUAUUAGAGUAAUUAAGCAAUAAUCUAUGCAGGCAACCUGUAAUACAUGAGUAAUGCACACAGUUUUGUAGCAUGCACAGAUUAUGGAUAGAUUAGACAUAGACAUAGUGGAUAGAUUCCACUAAUGUCUUUCUGAUAUAUAUAUACUUGUCUGUAGGAUUUAAGUAUGAAAAACAUAAUAUGCAAAACAACAAUGAAAUAGUACAUUACAUAAAGAGUAACAGAUAACAUUUUGUUGUACUUUGUGCAAGUGACGGUCUAGUAGUUUUAAAUGCAAGUUUAGUAAUUCCUCAGGAUUUCUCUUUAACAUAGUACUAUGCACAUACUGCAAUACCCUAUCAGUAAAUGUAUUAAGAAUGGAAAAUAGUGCCAUGUACUUUUUAAAAACAUUUGAUAAAUUCACAUUUUGUGCUACUGGGUAUUGUUAGGUCACGGCAAUGUUAUCUGAUAUACUGUCGCCAGAAAAUGUAGUUUGUCAAUAUUUUUUCAUCCUAAUGCUCAGCUGUGGUUCUCUUAGAUUUUUUUUGUCUCCAGCUUUUCAUUACAUGAGCUCCUGUGGAAAAUAAUAAUAAAUGCUGUUUUAAUAAAAAUACCACUGAAAUAGUCUGGAAAAAGCCCAUUUUCAAAAACACGUUGCAUCUUUCUGUCUCAUAGAAACUUGUCUAACACCUGUGCACAUAUUGAGAGUGUAGUAUGCAUAACAAAGAGUACAUGGAUAGACAAGACAAUGUCUUAUAUGUUAUAUCUUAUAAAACAAGAUACAAAAUAAGUGGAUAGCAAUAGCCUUUGUAUUUGGACACAGCAAGGCAGGAUCCAAGAUUUUUGUCAAAAUGUGUUACAUUACAAAGUCAUGUGUUUUUACAUUACCGAAAUAGCUGAGUGCUUGGUGCAAGUAAAAUAUUGCCCAAUAUUUCAAACAUUAUUGAAAGGAUACAAAAUAUACACUUCAGAAAAAAACUAUGUUGAGAACUUUAAUUACCCUUUUAUUGAGGAAAACAGUUUAUAGAAAAAAAUAUAGAAAAAAAAACAAAACAACAUUAUUUUUUACAAAGUACAAACCAAUAAAGACAAACAGUGAGAAACAAA